GCUGACGCAAAGCCGAAACCGUCGCCAGGGACCGGGUUCCAGAGGCACCGGAGCCACCUCGCACCGAGGGCUGCAUUGUUUAACCCGUAAGCAGAGGCUGACGCAGCGGAGCCGGUGAUCCGGUUCUACCGCCUGAAUGUGAGGAGUACCGCCCGGACCGGCGCCCGGAGCCCGUUCAUGUGUUCGGAUACACCGACCUGGAAUCGACAGUCGACGGGAUCGAUGUCAUUUUUGGCAGCAAAGUAAACCGCUUAAAAUGGCAACCGCCGCCCGAUCCCGGCGACCCUAGACCGAGAGUCAGCUGAUCUUCAGCAGCUCCAUGUGUCCUCGCUGCUUCUUCUAGCAGCAGUUCAACCGAGCUUAUCCCUCCCUCCCGCUCCAUCUCUGCUGAGGAGGCAUCAUGUCGGCGGCUCAGACCCAGAAGGAGAGCAGUGAGGCGGGCUGGGGCUGUCUGGAGGCUCUGGGUCUCAGUCAGAAGGAGCUGGUCCUGGCCGAGGCCCUGCAGAUGGAGUACGACGCCCUCUCCAGGCUUAAACAGGACAAGAGCAGUACCGGAACCAGCCAGACCGGAUCUAGAGCUCCCAGUCAGACCCGCCCCAAGACCCCAAAUCCCUCCAUCGAACGCCCCCGGCCAACCCCCAGCCAGCCCAUUCUUACCCCAGCAGGAGGAAGUCUGCUGAGGGGCCUCUCUGGAUCCGAUUCCUCCCUGAACCUGCCUGGAGGCUCCCAGUCUCCACCUUCCAUACCAGCCAGGGUGCUCCCUCCUCAGGGUGGCUACGUCAAAGAGUCCCUGUACAUCCUGGACAGUCCAGAGGUCAGCAAGUUCAGAGAUUUUUCAAGUUCGAGCCUCAGGGACUCACUUGGAUCUGGGUCAGGGUUUCUUCCAAAAGGCUUGCCCUCUCUUCCAGAUGACGUCCCCCCCGCCAUCCCACCAAGAAACCCCAUCCCCCCGUCAUCAGGGUCAGAGAACCCCUUCCUGUCCCCUCAAGGGGCUACCGUGCCCCGAGACGUGAACCUGUUCACGCCUGACGUGGAUCAGCCUAAAGUGACCUCGGGAGAGCUGAAUUAUGACAAUAUCAACGACUCGUUGUCCAGACUCAACGGGAGCCGGCAGGGGCCUCGAGGCCGAAGGGCCAACGGGGACCAAUCAGGGAAGCCUGUGGCUCGGAGUAAGACCCUCCCCCCUCAGGUGCCGCCCAGGACAUAUGUACCUGUUCCCAAGAGCAACAAGAACCAGCGACGGGUGUCUGCAGACCCGGUGUCUCUGGGCUCCAGGAUGAAUGGUUUUGGAUAUGAACUGUUCCAGGUGUCAGAGGAGAGAGAUGAGGAGGUGGCAGCUUUCUGUCACAUGCUGGACGUUUUGCGUUCGGCGUACCCGUACAACGACCGAUCGAAGAACGCCGGCUUCGUUUGGUCGCCCUCAGUUGGUCACGAAGAGCUUCAUCAGGGUCUGGGGGUCAGCGUAAAGGUCACCGUCAUCAGUGAACACUUCAGAGAACCGCUCACCUUUACCUGCGAUGGUUCGUCCACGGUGGAUCUGCUGAUCUAUCAGACUCUGUGCUAUGCUCAGGACGAUCUGGAUCAUCUGGACGUGGACGAUUACCUGCUGAAGGUCUGCGGACACGACGAGUUCUUCAACAACUCUCAGUCUCUGGCCGGUCUCGAGUUUGUUCAGCAGUGUCUGAAGUUCGACUGGGAUGUCCAACUGUUUCUCACCAAGAGAUCGGCCAUCAACACAGAGCUGUCCCGCAUGAAAGAAGACGACGAGACGGCGUCCACCAUGAACCACAGCAUCCUGCUGCAGGAGCGUCCAAUCAAACAGACUGUCACCAGGGAGGCUCUGACUCUGCUGUUGGACACUUUUCAUAAUGAAGCCGAGUCCUUCUUGUUGUCAGAGGUGGAGCUGCCUCUGCACGUUGAGCGUCUCGUCCAGUCAGUGAAGGCGCUGUGCAGCUCGUUAGCUGCCGUGGAAACGCCCGAUGUGACCUCUGCCCUCAACCAGCUCCCAGCAUGCCCCUGUCGCCUGCAGCCCAAAGUCCUGAAGGACGCCUCAGUGCUGGCUGUCAGAGAGAACAGAGAGAAAGUGGUGGAGAAGUUGACGGCAGCCAUCUUGGAUCUGGUGGAGCUCUACUGCAGCACGUUUAACGCCAACUUCCACACGACGCCGCAGAGUCACUGCUGCACGGCGCCGAUCCAGGAGGCCGGCCUCGUCACCAACGUGCUGUCCUUCAACGUGUACGCCGCCCACAGGAUCCCCAUCACCUGGGCCGCCAGUUAUGAAGGUUUCUUCCUGUCCUGCUCCCUGACUCAUGGAGGGGCGGAGCUCUGCGCGCCGCAGCACACCAGCAAACAGUCGGUCAGCAAAUACCUGUUCCACCUGGUGGUGUGGGACCAGAGGGUGUGUUUCCCGGUGCAGGUCAACCAGCUGCCCAGAGAGUCUCAGCUGACGGUGACUCUGUUUGCCAGCUCUCUGCCCCCCCCUGGAGGAGCUGAGGACAAGGGGAAGCAGCGUCGCAGCAUUGAGGCUCUGGGCUGGGUCACCAUGCCGCUCUUCAACUUCAGACAUGUCCUGACAUGUGGCAGGAAGUUACUGGGUCUGUGGCCUUCGACCCCGGGGAAGACUGGAAACGCGCGAACGAGUUCACCCAACUUCAGCCAACCAGACAGUGUGAUACUGCAGGUGGACUUUCCCACCUCGUCGUUCGAGGUUCGCUUCAGUACUCCUCCUCCAGCAGACUUCUGUCCUCAGUACGACUUCUCCAGACUGGACACCAUCAGCCAAAUCCAGCUGCAGGACGUCCUGCACAAGAAGGCCUUCUUCUGGUUGACGGCGGACGAUAAGCGCCUGCUGUGGGAGAAGAAGGCCUUCUGCCAGUCUGAGAGUGCAGCUCUGCCUCUGGUUCUGGCCAGCGCCCCCUGCUGGGAGUGGGCUUGUCUGCCGGACAUCUACGCCCUGCUGAGACAGUGGGCCUGCCUGGGUCACCUGGACGCCCUGGGACUCCUCCACGCCUCGUUUCCGGACCAGGAACUGAGGAGGACGGCUGUCCAGUGGAUGGACUCCAUCUCAGACCCGGAGCUGCUGGACUUCCUGCCUCAGCUGGUCCAGGCUCUGAAGUACGAGUGUUACCUGGACAGUUCUCUGGUUCGUUUCCUCCUGCGGAGAGCCAUCGGGGACAUUCGCAUCGCUCACUAUCUCUUCUGGCUGCUGAAGGACAACCUGCAGGACAGCCAGUUCAGCGCUCGGUAUCAGCACCUCCUGGCCGCUCUGCUCUGCUGCGUCGGUCGAGGUCUCCGGGACGAGUUCGACCGUCAGUGCUGGCUCGUCUCCAUCCUCGCCAAGGUGGCUCACAAAGUGCGAGACGCCACGCCGUCCAGCAGACAGUCCGUCCUCAGAGAGGGUCUGGAGGAGAUGAAGCAGUUCUUCUCCAUUAACAGCACCUGUAGACUUCCUCUGAACCCGGCCCUGCUUGUCACAGGAAUCAACAUCCAGUUGUGCUCCUUCUUCAACUCCAACGCCGUCCCUCUCAAACUGUCCUUCCAAAACCUCGACCCUCUGGGAGACCACGUGAACGUCAUCUUCAAGUCAGGAGACGACCUGCGGCAGGACAUGCUGACUCUGCAGGUGAUCCGCAUCAUGAACAAGAUCUGGAUCCAGGAGGGCCUGGACAUGAGGAUGGUCAUCUUCAAAUGCUUCUCCACUGGCAGAGGACGAGGUAUGGUGGAGAUGAUUCCUCAUGCUGACACUCUGAGGAAGAUCCAGGUGGAACACGGAGUCACCGGAUCCUUCAAAGACCGACCGCUGGCCGACUGGCUGCUGAAGCACAACCCCACCGACGAGCAGUACGACAAGGCGGUGGAGAACUUCAUCUACUCGUGUGCCGGCUGCUGCGUGGCGACCUACAUCCUGGGAAUCUGCGACCGCCACAACGACAACAUCAUGCUGAAGACCAGCGGUCACAUGUUCCACAUCGACUUCGGGAAGUUCCUGGGACACGCACAGAUGUUCGGAAACAUCAAACGGGACCGCGCCCCCUUCGUCUUCACCUCUGACAUGGCGUACGUCAUCAAUGGGGGAGACAAACCGUCCAGUCGCUUCCACGACUUUGUGGAUCUCUGCUGUGAGGCCUACAACCUGAUCCGGAAACACGCACACCUGUUCCUCAACCUGCUGGGCCUGAUGUUGUCCUGUGGGAUCCCUGAACUCUCUGAUCUGGAGGAUCUGAAGUACGUCUACGACGCGCUGAGACCUCACGAGUCUGAGGCCGACGCCACCAUGUACUUCACCAGGUUGAUCGAGUCCAGUCUGGGCAGCGUCGCCACCAAACUGAACUUCUUCAUCCACAAUCUGGCUCAGAUGAAGUUCGCCUCGUCGGAGGAUCGUCCCACGCUGUCGUUCGCGCCCAGAGUUCACACGGCGAAGAGCGACGGCCUCAUCAGAAACCUGUACAUCUGCAGACACAUCCGCACCGCCAACCCCAGCAAGGCAUACGCCUUUGUGGUGAAGGUGGAGCGUGAGGGUCAGCAGGAGGUGCAGCUGGUUCAGAGAACGUUUGAAGAGUUCCAUGAACUUCACAGUAAACUGAGACUCAUCUUCCCCUCAUCCAGACUGCCCAGUUUCCCGAGCCGCUUUGUGAUUGGUCGGUCCCGAGGUGAGGCGAUGGCAGACAGGAGGAAAGACGAGCUGAACGGCUAUGUCUGGCACCUGAUCCACGCCGGCCCGGAGGUGGCCCAGUGUGACCUGGUCUACACCUUCUUCCACCCGCUGCCCAGAGACGAGAGACCAGGAUCAACAACCAACAAACCAGCAGAGAUCUCGUGGUCUCCGGCUUCAGAGAAAGAGCUCGGUGAAGUCAAGCUCUCCAUCUCCUACAAGAACGACAAACUCUUCAUCAUGGUCAUGCACAUACGAGGCCUGCAGCCCCUGCAGGACGGGACAGACCCGGACCCCUACGUGAAGCUCUACCUCCUCCCAGACCCCCAGAAGACCAGCAAGAGGAAGACCAAGGCAGCACGACGCACCUGUAACCCCACCUACAACGAGAUGCUGGUGUAUGAGCGGAUCCCAAGGGGGGACCUGGACCAGAGGGUGAUCCACCUGCGGGUUCUGGGUGACGGGGCUUUCUGGGAGAACACCCUGCUGGGAGAGACCUUCAUCCCCCUGAAGAAGCUAGUCCCAGGUCAGCACUGGGUGGACUGGCACCAGCUGGGUGCCGCCGGGUCUGAAUCCGCCCACUGACGGACAGGAAAUGGGAAGUGGUGGAUUUAAAGGAAGAGAAGAAGAGAAGCGGUUCUCCUCGGGAGGAGGACAGAAGAAACAAGAAAAGAAAUCCCUUCAAAGUAAAAGCCGUGUGGCUGAUCUUUCCUCUGUGUUUGAGGGAGUUUAAGGUCAAAGGUCACGUCACUGACAUCAUUACAGUUCAUUUCAAGGUGUUUAGCUUUUAAACACAAAGAGGAGCAACUCAGUAACAGACAGAAACUGGACAUUUUAUUGGUAAUUUAUUGGAUUGAAAAACUAAUAAUAAUGUGAGACAACUUUUGUGAAUGAGGCAGAUUUAUUUUCUGACGGGAUCAGGUUCUUUAAACUUUAAAAUCUCAGAUUCAGUGAAGUCACUUCAAAGUUAACGAGUUAAACUAACUAGUUUUUAAUUUAACUCGGCUUCAAAUGUAACGUCAAUGCGGGAACUCUAAUCAAACAGUUUUAACUUCACAGCGUCGUGAAAACACACGAUCACCAGACUUUUAAAGUCAUUUUUAACAAUAAAUUAAGAAGAAAAUGUCUUUAUUUAAAUGAAGGACUCACUGCAGACAGACUGUCUGUGUUCCAGGCUUCAUGAGCUCAGAGGAUUCACUCAGACAGAAAAGAAGGAAGCCGUCCGCUCUUCACGAUUCACCUACGAAGUGAUUUCAGUGAAAACGUCCUCUGACUUUGGUUCUGAUGUGGCUCAGAGUGGAGUUCGGUUUGGAUUCUGGCUGUUGGAUUCUUUCCUUCUGUCUGCACAUGUUGCUCAGAUGUGAAUGAAGUUGUAGAUGUGGAAGGGGAAACAAUCACAAGCUCAUUCCUGUCAGAGAAGAAGGAGGAGAAGUUGGAAAUUAUGAAUAAAGGCUGAAGAAACAGCACAUUUACUGUUCAGAAGCUGGUUCACACUUUACACAAUUUUACUGUAAAUGAAAAAGAAACUUUAUUUUGCUUUUUUAAAGUGUGGCGUGUGAUUUCCAUCUUUCUGCAGAAGGGAUCAAUGAAAUACUGUCAAUCGAGACGAAACCCCCUUUUCGGCCCGUUGAGCCGUUUUCCAGGACUGGAAAGCUGCAUUAAGGAAUUCCAUUGACAUUUUUCUGCAGCUUUUUGCUUCCCAUGAAUAAAAACUUGAGUCAGUCGGAGCCGGAACAAACACAAACUCACACUAAGUCUUGGUUGUGAUUUCAGCACAAAGUAACAGAGGAGAAGAGUUUUAAAUUUGUGUUUGUGUAGAUGCACAGAUUUAGCCUUAGGGUCGCUAACAGGAAGCAGCCGAAGCUGUGUUCGGAUUGAGCGAAGCGGAUCCGACGGGUCAUCCGGUUGCUGAUCUGUUCAGCUCCAGAGCUUCUAAAAGUCUGAGAGAGGAAUCCUGACGGGAGGAGACGUUGCUCUGUUUGCCUUCAAGCUCGUCCUCGGAUUUCUCCUCUCAGCCCUUAAUAAUUUGCUCAGACAUGGUCACUGCUCCAAUGGUUUCUACAUUUCAUUCCUUCUCUGCUUGUGAUUUUGUAGUUUUUGGGAAAUGUUUGUGGCCAUUUUUAAACUGCCUCUCGGGGUUUUACCAACCAAGGGAGGCAGUGAAUAUUGAAGGGGAGCCGAUUCAUUUUCUGCGGGUUGUUUUUGCGCUGUAGACGGGACGAACCGAGGGGAUAAACCUGCAGGAGACAAACUCCACUGAUCUGCUCUGUUCACCACUCUUCUCCAAUUGUUUGACACCUUGUCCACAGAAACGUGUGAGCGGGGAAGUUAACACUUCAGUCCAAGUGUUUUCCUGAGAUACUGAGAUAAUGAAUUCAUCUUUAUCUUUGACCCUAACGCUCCUCAUUAUCGCCUGUAAGCUGCAGCUGAGGCUCAGCCCUCCUACUGAGCAGCUGAGGGCUGAUGAUGGGCUGGUUGACUGACUGACAGCUGCAGGCCGGCACUGCUAGAAGGCGCUGUCAGGUACCGUGGCGAGGCUCUGACCGAA